AGUAUUUCCAAAAAAUGACUCACAUGGACUUUCAAAGUCAUUCGCAAAUACGAUCCAAACUCACGUGUAUCUUUGGUCCUACUGAAGCUCAGAUUUUCACCACGCCUCUCUGCUGAGAUGAUGCAGCAGCCUCACAGGAGUUCCCCCAGCUCUCAUGCAAGACCAGGAAUGACCCUGUGCCACCAGCGCUGCCGCCUCUGGCGGGAGCAUGUUACCUGCUGGCUGACAAGCUCGGGACGCUGUUGUAUCCCUCUGUCACGGCCCCCCGCACCAGCGCAAAGCUUGUGAGCUUUGCUCCUGAUGGUCAGGCUGCAGGGCUUUGCAAGUAACUGAUGGAAGUAAACUGGAAAUGAGAACAAAAGAGGCUGUAACUCCUGCCAGAGAGUUUAGCUCUGUUUCUUUGCAGGUGUUUGAAGAGCAGCCUGGGAGAGUAGGUUCUUGUGGUGAUGAAAGGCACCAGGGCUAGCACGACUCACAAGCUGUGGAGCUGUUCUUUAAUCCUCUGCUGUGAAAAGAUACACUUUAUACUGCUUUUCAGUCGACAGGGGAAAUUAAGGCUUCAGAAGUGGUAUACGACGUUACCUGAGAAAGAGAAGAAAAAGAUCACUCGAGAAAUCGUUCAGAUUAUUUUGGCUCGCAAUCAAAAAACAAGCAGUUUUGUUGACUGGAAAGACCUCAAGCUUGUUUACAAAAGGUAUGCUAGUUUGUACUUCUGUUGUGCAAUAGAAGACCAAGAUAAUGAGCUCCUGACACUAGAGGUCGUUCAUCGAUAUGUGGAGCUACUGGACAGAUAUUUUGGAAAUGUAUGUGAGCUGGAUAUAAUCUUUAAUUUUGAAAAAGCUUAUUUUAUUCUUGAUGAAUUUAUAAUGGGUGGAGAAGUACAAGAAACUUCAAAGAGGUCUGCAGUGAAAGCUAUAGAAGAUUCUGACAUGUUGCAAGAGACAGUGGAAGAGUACAUGAACAAGCCUGCAUUUUAAUGUUAAAAUUACCUGGAGAGAGAACUGCUAUAUACACCUAUAAAAAACAUAUGCUGAAAUUGCUACCCAAAGUGCCAGAUCCUCAGAGAAAUACCAAAAAGCAAUACCUAAAGGGAUUUGUUUGUAUAAUGGUCAAGAUGAAGGUCAGCUCAUGUAGCAGCGGGUUUAACAAUUGCAUACCUGCAUUACACUGUUAUACAGUUUCUCAGAACUGUAAUUACACUUGAUCUACUCUCUCUUCCUUGCUGGACUGAACUCUUGUUUUGUAUGAUGUCUUUUAGCUACAGGAUUUGUCAAACUACAAUGUUAUCCUGACAAUACUUGGAAGAGGUAUUUAUACUAGUUUUGGUCUGCUGCUGACCAUAUGACUCUACUUUUGUACAAAUGUCCAUUAUUUUGAAUGUAAUGAUUAUUCUGAUCUAAUAACAAUUCUUUUUUCUAAAAUUCAAGUUAUUGUGGGCCCUGAUUUCAGAAACUUAUUCUGGACAGAUUAACCCUUCUAGCGUAAAAAGAAACAUGCUUCUUUUUGGAACAGCCACUUUCUUUUAGCAGUGCUGUCUUUCUGCUGUUUCCUGUUCUCCGCUCCUAAGAAGACAGUUCUCCAACUACUAUUAAAGCACAACCCACACACCUCUAUGUAAUCUAGAAAACUUUUCUGACUCUAAGCAGGCCUCUCCCAGGUUUUAGUAGUCCUUUUGCUCCUCCAUGCAGAUGGCCUAUUUCUGUGUAUUUCCCUUUGUUUUCUUAUCCCCUUCUUAUUUCCCCUGCAUCUGGAGAAAUGCUGCAGCCUUUGGAGGUGCACACUUUGAGAGCAGGAGAUAUCCUGAAGAGAAGAAAUUAGUCUGCUGGGAUUUUAGGGUGAAGCAGAUCUCAUGUACCUAUUGACUCAGUAUUCACCACAGAUUCACAGAAUAGUUGUGAUUGGAAGGGACCUCUGGAGAUCAUGUGGUCCAACCCUCUGGCGGCUCAAGAAGGGGCAGCUGAAGCAGGUUGCCCAGAAUUAUGUCCAGUCAGAUUUAGAAUAUCUGCAAGGAUGGAGACUUCACAGCCU